UUUCAAACGAAACAGCUGCAAUAGCCUGCAACUAGGAAGAGUGGUUCUUUAUUACACAUGGGAACUCGGGUUGUGUUUGUACAGGGCGCCACUCCCGUCAAUCUUUCUGUUCUAACUUCUCUCAUUCGCCAAAGAAAGCCAAACGAGUGAACGACAAAAAAAUCCAAAGAACAAUCCAAUAUUUUUCCGCAUUUGCCCUCCCAUUUCAUACAAUAAUAGUAUAAUACACUCGACAACUUCACAGAGCUGAUCAGCUUUCAACUUUCUGAUCUCUCACAUGGCAGCAAGCUUUGUCUCUCUCUGGGUUAUCCUUCUGCUCCUGUACCCAGUAAGGGCCGAUGUGGAUGCCGAUACCUUGUUGAACGGGUUCAGCCGAGGGUUCGGUGCUCCUAGCAACAACAUGAGCUUAAACGGCAUUGCAUCCAUUGAGAACAGUGGCCUACUUCGCCUUACAAACGACACGCUCAUGGAAAAAGGCCACGCGUUUUAUUUCCGCCCAAUUCAACUCAAGAACUCCAGCGGCAACGCCAUGUCCUUCUCUACUUCCUUCGCUUUUGCUAUAGUCACCAAGCCUGGGGUACAAGGCGGGGAUGGCUUCGCGUUCACGAUCUCUGCCUCAAAAGAGCUUCUUGGGGGUGGGCCGGGCUCUUAUCUUGGCCUAUUCAACGCCACCAAUGAUGGGCGUCUCUCGAACUACAUAAUCGCCGUCGAAUUCGACACUUUCAAGAACAAUGAGUUCAAUGAAGAAAAUGGAAACCAUGUUGGCAUCGACAUCAACAGCAUAAUAUCGAACACAUCUGUUCCGGUCCAGCAAUUUCAGGGUGGUAGUGACACGAACAAGGUUGACCUUAACUUGAAUAGUGAUCUGGUAAUUCAGGCAUGGAUCGACUAUAAUUCUCCAAUAAAUCAAUUAGACGUGAGGAUUGCGACGGAUUCUACCAAACCCAGGUCUUCAAUUUUGUCCUAUAAAGUAAACCUCUCACAAUAUCUUCAAGAAUCCAUGUACGUCGGGUUUUCUGCUGCAACUGGCGCAUCCACAAGCUCGCAUUAUAUACUCGGUUGGAGCUUCAACAGGAAUGGAGAUGCCAGAACUAUCAAUCUAGGUCAACUCCCGAAGAUUCCUACUAACACCAAAAAGAAUCACACAAGCCUAAUUGUUGGCGUCUCAGUUUCAUGUGUUUUGGCUGUGAUUUUGGUGACUGCUUCGGCUUUUUACAUCAUCUGGAGAAUCAAGACGGCUGAUGUGAUUGAAGCCUGGGAGCAUGAUAUUGGUCCUCAUAGAUUUCCUUACCGGGAGCUGAACCAAGCGACGAGGGGUUUCAGAGACAAAGAGGUAAUUGGGUCUGGUGGAUUCGGUCGAGUUUAUAAAGGAGUCCUGCCAAAUUCAGAUACCCAAGUCGCUGUUAAGCGUAUCUCCCAUGACUCAAAACAGGGUCUGCAAGAGUUCGUGUCAGAGGUUGCUAUUAUUGGUCGUCUUCGCCAUAGAAGCUUGGUUCAAUUACUGGGUUGGUGUCGUCGGGAAGCUGAUCUACUUCUUGUUUAUGAUUUCAUGCCUAACGGAAGCUUGGACAGGUAUCUCUUUGAUCAGCCUAAAGCAACCCUGAGCUGGGAGCAAAGGUUCAAGAUCAUCAAAGGAGUGGCUUCAGGGCUUCUCUACUUACAUGAGGAGUGGGAGCAAACUGUAGUUCACAGAGACAUCAAGGCAGGAAAUGUUCUAUUGGAUUCUGAGUUUAACCCAAGGCUGAGUGAUUUUGGUCUUGCCAAGCUGUACGAGCACGGGUCCAAACCAAGGACUACCAGGGUGGUGGGCACGCUGGGUUAUUUGGCACCUGAGCUCACGCGCACAGGUAAGGCCACAACCAGUUCGGAUGUUUUUGCCUUUGGUGCUCUGUUGCUCGAAGUCGCAUGUGGUAGAAGACCCAUUAAUUCCGAUGCAUCGUCUGAGGAGUUCAUGCUGGUGGACUGGGUGUGGCAGAAGUGGAGAGUAGGAGCAAUUCUUGGUGUUAUGGACCCAAAGUUGGGGGGCGAAUUUGACGAGUCUGAGGCCGUUUUGGUGCUUAAACUGGGCUUAAUAUGUUCCAAUGAUGCACCGGAGGCACGCCCCACGAUGCGGCAGUUGGUGAGGUACCUGGAGGGCGAGUUGGCGCUGCAGGAGGAGGUGACGGAGCCAUAUAGGAAAAAAGUACGUGGUGCUACUGCUACCGAUUCGUUUGAAAAUUUCUUGCAAUCCCUUCCGACUACGUCGUCGUAUUCUCAGAUGGGCAGCACGUGGACUUCCGUCGGUAACGGUGGGAGUGGUGAUGCUGAAACUGGUUUGACCCCGCCAUUUUCAGUUCUCAGCAGGGAGAGACCGGUAGUUAGGCAAAGCAGCAUAUAAGAAGAAUCUUCGAUCCUGUCUCCGAAGGUUUUGCUGAUUUAGAAGGAACCAAAGACCCAACAGCUAGCUGGAAAUUAUGAUGAAGUGGCCUAUAUAUGUUCCAUGGGCUUUUAAUUCUAGGUAAUUAUGGGUGGAAGUACAAGCGCUUGCUCUGAGAUAUGACAUCAUCAAUAAUACUUACUUCGAUUAUAUAUGUCA